AUGCAAGCCUGUAUCAGCAAGAGGUCGCUGAAGGAACCAACGAUAAGUUCGAAUCCUGUCGGCAACGUGUUCAAUGAUGAUAAGGAAUCAAAUGCUAGACUCCCUUCCAUUAUAUUCCCUCGUGACUUCUGUUUUGCUCUGCUUCGGGAUGCCACAGCAGCAGCAGUAUCGGCAGCGGCGCACGGGCGCAGGGAGCGAGUUAUAGUAGGAGGUGGGCGGCAGGCACUGUCGCGGCAGUGUAUCAACCUAAAGACGGUACGCGACCGCUACAUAUAUAUGCCCGUUGAAUUAUGUCUAAAGCGAAACGAAGGGUGGCUGGUUUUUUGUUGUCCUGUUGAAGAGAGGAAGGAAAGGGGAACGAAGCUUAAAAGGAAAGUGAGGAGCUGUACAGAAAGUGCAGCCAAGGGAGAUCAAACGGGCGCCCAUGUAUGCCUCUCUGCGCGAUGGUGCGACUCUCAGGCUUUCUCAUGCCUAGCUUCACGUUGCAUUGAAAACUGA